CAUUGCUAAGAACGCCUUUGGUACUACCUCAGUGUGAAAACGUGUCUGCGAUUUCCCGAAAAUGGAGAUUCUCAGCGUUACUUAAAGCAUCCUGCUUGAAAGUGUUGCUGGCGAGCGGCAUUGGCCCUAUUAUUUAUUUAGGAAAGCUUUACCAGGAGGAGAAUGCGUUUUUGUAAACAUGAAUUGCCUAGCUCUUUCACUGGGCUUCGGCUUCUUGUUUCACGUCAUUGAAACAUUGAUCUUUGCUUAUUUUGUUUCCAUAUCGUUGGCUCACUCACAAGGUCUUUUCCCAAGGCUGGAGAAUGUGGCAGCUUUCAAGAAGGUUUCAAUGGUGCCAACCCAAGCAACGUGUGGACUCCCAGACCGAAACGCUUUUUGUCACAGUUCUGCCGAAAGUCUCCAGUUCUGCACCCAGCGAUUUUGCAUUCAGGACUGUCCACAUCGAUCUUCAUCCCCGAACUUUACUGCCCUGCUCUCAGCAGGGUUCAGAGGCUGCAUCACCGCAGACCAGCAGGAUCUGCGUCCCAACUCCCAUAGCAAUUCGACAAGUUUUAUUUUUGGAAAUCACAAGAAUUGCUUUUCUUCUCCUCCUUCUCCAACGCUGGCGGCAUCGUUUACUUUAGCUGUGUGGCUGAAACCUGAGCAAGAGGGUGUAAUGUGUGUUAUAGAAAAGACGGCGGAUGGGCAGAUUGUGUUCAAACUUACAAUAUCUGAGAAAGAGACCAUGUUUUAUUACCGCACAGUAAAUGGUUUGCAGCCUCCAAUAAAAGUAAUGACACUGGGGAGAAUUCUUGUGAAGAAAUGGAUUCAUCUUAGUGUGCAGGUGCAUCAGACAAAAAUCAGUUUCUUCAUUAAUGGUUUGGAGGAGGAUAAUACAGCCUUUGAUGCAAGAACUCUAACUGGUUCCAUUACAGAUUUUUCCUCUGGUACCAUGCAAAUAGGACAGAGCAUCAAUGGCUUAGAGCAAUUUGUUGGAAGAAUGCAAGAUUUUCGGUUAUACCAAGUGGCACUUACAAACAGAGAGAUUCUGGAAGUCUUUUCUGGAGAUCUGCUGAGAUUGCAUGUUCAGUCACAUUGCCGCUGCCCCAGCAGCCACCCUCGGGUCCAUCCCUUGGAACAGCGGUACUGCAUUCCUAAUGACGCAGAAGACACAACCAAUAAUAGGGUGUUACGGCUGAAUCCUGAAGCCCAUCCUCUUUCUUUUGUCAAUGAUAAUGAUCUUGGUACUUCAUGGAUUUCACAUGUGUUUACAAACAUUACCCAGCUUAAUCAAGGAGUGACUGUUUCAAUAGAUUUGGAAAAUGGACAGUAUCAGGUGUUUUAUAUUAUCAUUCAGUUCUUUAGUCCACAACCAACAGCAAUAAGAAUUCAAAGAAAGAAGGAGGACAGCCUAGAUUGGGAGGAUUGGCAAUAUUUUGCUAGAAAUUGCAGUGCUUUUGGGAUGAAAAACAAUGGCGAGUUGGAAAAUUCUGAUUCUGUCAACUGUCUUCAGCUUCCCAAUUUUACUCCAUAUUCCCGUGGUAAUGUCACAUUUAGCAUCCUAACACCUGGACCAAAUCGUCGUCCUGGAUACAACGAUUUCUAUAAUACCCCAUCUCUUCAAGAGUUUGUAAAAGCCACGCAAAUAAGACUUCAUUUCCAUGGGCAGUACUACACAACUGAGACUCCUGUCAGCCCCAGACACAGAUACUAUGCGGUCAAUGAAAUCACCAUUACUGGAAGGUGUCAGUGCUAUGGUCAUGCUGAUAACUGUGACAUGACAAGCCAGCCCUAUCGAUGCCUCUGCUCUCCAGAAAGCUUCACCAAAGGACUUCACUGUGACCACUGCUUGCCUCUUUAUAAUGACAAGCCUUUCCGCCAAGGUGAUCAAGUUCACGCUUUCAACUGUAAACCUUGUCAAUGCAACAGCCAUUCCAGAAGCUGCCACUAUGACAUCUCAGUGGACCCGUUUCCAUUUGAGCACCACAGAGGGGGUGGAGGAGUUUGUGAUGAUUGUGAGCAUAACACUACAGGAAAGAACUGCGAGCUGUGUAAGGAUUACUUUUUCCGACAAGUUGGUGCGGAUCCUUCAGCCAUAGAUGUUUGCAAACCCUGUGAUUGUGAUAAAGCUGGCACUAGAAACAGAAGCCUCCUUUGUGAUCAGAUUGGAGGCCAGUGUAAUUGUAAGAGACACGUGUCUGGCAGACAGUGCAAUCAGUGCCAGAAUGGAUUUUACAAUCUACAGGAGUGGGACCCUGAUGGCUGCAGUUCCUGUAACUGUAAUACCUCUGGGACAGUGGAUGGAGAUGUUACUUGUCACCCAAAUUCAGGCCAGUGCAAGUGCAAAGCAAAUGUUAUUGGCCUUCGAUGUGAUCAUUGCAAUUUUGGAUUUAAAUUUCUCCGAAGUUUUAAUGAUGACGGAUGUGAGCCCUGCCAGUGUAACGUCCACGGCUCAGUGAACAAACUCUGCAAUCCUCUUUCCGGGCAGUGUGAGUGCAAAAAAGAAGCCAAAGGACUUCAGUGUGACACCUGCAGAGAACACUUUUAUGGGCUGGACAUCUCCAGUUGUAAGGCCUGUGACUGCGAUGCAGCUGGAUCUGUCCCUGGGAGUGUCUGUGAUGCUGCGACAGGGCAGUGCGUCUGUAAACCCAAUGUUGGAGGGAGACAGUGCAAUGAAUGUUUGGACAGAUACUUCUACCUGCGGCAAAAUAAUUCUUUCCUGUGUCUGCCUUGUAACUGUGAUAGCCGUGGAACAGUAAAUGGCUCUCUGCUGUGUGACAAAUCAACAGGACAAUGUCCUUGCAAAUUAGGAGUAACAGGUCUUCAUUGUAAUCAGUGUGAGCCUCACAGGUACAAUUUGACCAUUGGCAAUUUCCAAGGCUGCCAGAUGUGUGAGUGUGACUCCUUGGGGACAUUGCCUGGGACCAUUUGUGACCCAAUCAGUGGCCAGUGCCUAUGUUUGCCUAAUCGUCAAGGAAGAAGGUGUAAUCAGUGUCAACCAGGUUUUUAUAUUUCCCCAGGCAAUGCUACUGGCUGCCUGCCAUGUUCGUGCCAUACAGCUGGAGCAGUUAGUCACAUCUGUAAUAGCCUAACUGGUCAGUGCAUUUGCCAAGACGCUUCCCUUGCCGGGCAAAGUUGUGACCAUUGUAAAGACCAUUACUUUGGAUUUGAUCCUCAGACUGGAAGAUGUCAGCCUUGCAAUUGUCAUCUCUCAGGAGCCUUGAAUGAAACCUGUCACUUGGUCACGGGCCAGUGUUUCUGUAAACGAUUUGUCACUGGCUCAAAGUGUGACUCUUGUGUUCCAAGUGCAAGCCAUUUGGAUGUCAACAAUCUAUUGGGCUGCAGCAAAACUCCAUCACAGCAACCUCCACCCAGAGGACAAGUUCAAAGUUCUUCUGCUAUCAGUCUUUCGUGGAGUCCACCUGAUUCUCCAAAUGCCCACCGGCUUACUUAUGGUUUAUUCAGGGAUGGUUUUGAAAUCUACACAACUGAAGAUCAAUACCCAUACAAUAUUCAGUACUUUUUAGACACUGCCCUGUCACCAUAUACUUCAUAUUCCUAUUACAUCGAGGCCACCAGUGUGCAUGGUUCAACAAGGAGUGCAGCUGUCACUUACAGGACAAGACCAGGGGUCCCAGAAGGAAGCUUGAACUUGAGUUAUAUCACUCCUGUUAGCUCAGACUCUGUGACACUUAUCUGGACUGCACCUUCCAAUCGUUCUGGUCCUAUCGAGAAAUAUAUUCUGUCCUGUGCUCCUUUAGGUGGCAUCCAGCCAUGUGUUCCCUAUGAAGGUCAUGAAACUUCAACUACCAUCUGGAAUCUGGUUCCAUUCACCAAGUACCAUUUUUCUGUACAGGCAUGUACAAGUGGGGGCUGUUUACAUAGUUCGCCCCUUACAGUGACCACAGCCCAGGCACCUCCCCGAAGGCUGGGUCCACCAGAGGUACGGACGAUCAGUGCCACAGAGCUUCAUGUAGAGUGGUCUCCACCAAUGGAACCCAACGGAAUAAUUAUAAGAUAUGAGCUAUACAUGAAAAGAUUGAAAUCUAAUGGAGAAACGAUGUCAGCAGAACGUCAAGUUUUUCAGAGCAGUGGCUGGCUCAGUCCUCACCCAUUUGCAGAAUCAGCCAAUGAAAAUGCAUUAAAACCUCCUCAAACAACCACAACCAUCACUGGCUUGGAACCAUAUACCACAUACGAGUUUAGAGUCUUAGCUGUGAAUAUGGCUGGCAGUGUGUCUUCAGCCUGGACUUCAGAAAGAACAGGAGAAUCAGCGCCUGUAUUCAUGACCCCUCCUUCAGUCUUCUCGCUCUCACCAUACUCUCUCAAUGUAUCUUGGGAGAAGCCAGCAGAUGAUGAUGCAAGAGGAAAAGUUGUGGGGUAUAACGUCAAUAUGAUUUCCGAACAAUCAUCUCAACAACCUAUUCCGGCAAUGUUUUCACAGGUGUUGGACACUGCAAAAUCCCAAGAACUGUAUUAUGUUGUAAAAGGACUAAAACCUUACAGGAUUUACAACUUUACUAUUUCUCUCUGCAAUUCAAUUGGUUGUGUCACCAGUGCUCCGGGAGCAGGACGGACAUUAGCAGCAGCACCAGCCCAACUGAGGCCUCCUCUGGUUGAGGGAAUGAACAGCACAGCCAUCCAUCUUACGUGGCUUGAACCUGAAGAACUGAAUGGACCUUCUCCUGUAUACCAGCUAGAAAGGAGAGAGUCAUCUCUACCAGCUCCAAGGGCCAAGAUGAUGAAAGGCAUUCGUUUCACAGGAAAUGGAUAUUAUAAAUUCCCCAGCUCCACUCACCCAGUCAAUACAGACUUUACCGGCAUUAAGGCCAGCUUUCGAACAAGGGUGCCUGAAGGUUUGAUUGUCUUUGCCGCGUCACCUGGCAAUCAGGAAGAGUAUUUUGCGCUUCAGUUGAAGAAUGGACAUCCUUAUUUCCUUUUUGAUCCUCAGGGGUCUUCUGUGGAAGUGACCACAACUAAUGAUGAGGGUAAACAAUACAGUGAUGGCGAAUGGCAUGAAAUAAUCGCUAUUAGGCAUCAGGCUUUUGGCCAAAUCACACUGGAUGGGCAAUAUACAGGUUCCGCGGCCACCCCAAAUGGUAGUACUAUCAUUGGAGAAAACACAGGAGUGUUUGUGGGAGGGCUGCCGCGGGGUUAUGCCAUCCUCAGGAAUGAUCCUGAUAUAAUCCAAAAGGGUUUUGUGGGCUGUCUCAAGGAUGUGUAUUUUAUGAAGAAUUACAAUCCCUCUGCUGUUUGGGAACCUGUGGUUUGGCAGAGUUCUGAAGAGCAAAUAAAUGUGUAUAGCGAAUGGGAGGGAUGCCCCGGUUCAUUACAGGAGGGAGCCCAGUUCCUUGGAACAGGGUUCCUGGAACUUUAUCCACAUGUGUUUCGCGGUGGAAGGGACUUUGAGAUUUCCUUGAAGUUCAGAACUGACCAAUUGAAUGGAUUGCUUCUUUUCGUUUACAACAGAGAUGGACCUGAUUUUCUUAUUAUAGAACUGAAGAAUGGAAUAUUGAGCUUCCGGUUAAAUACCAGUCUUACUUUGACACAAGUGGAUCUAUGGCUGGGACUGUCCUAUUGUGAUGGAAAGUGGAAUAAAGUGAUUAUUAAAAAGGAAGGCUCCGUCAUAUCGGCAAGCAUGAAUGAACUGAUGGAGCGUGUGUCAGAGUCCAGAGCCCAGCCACUGAUGGUAAAUUCCCCAGUCUAUGUGGGAGGAACCCCACAGGAGCUGCAAGACUCUUAUAAGCAUCUGAGCUUGGAACAAGGUUUCGGUGGCUGCAUGAAGGAUGUUAAAUUUGCACGGGGUGCUGUCGUUAACUUGGCAUCUGUGUCCAGCAGUGCUGUCAGAGUCAAUCUGGAUGGAUGCCUAUCAACUGACAGCACUGUUAACUGCAGGGGAAAUGACUCCAUCCUGGUUUACCAGGGAAAGGAGCGGCGUGUUUAUGAGAGCGGUCUCCAGCCUUUUACAGAAUACCUGUAUCGAGUGAUGGCCUCACAUGAAGGAGGUUCUGUAUAUAGCGAUUGGAGUCGGGGACGGACAACUGGAGCAGCUCUGCAAAGUGUGCCAACUCCCUCAAGAGUCCGCAGCAUAAACGGAUAUAGCAUUGAGGUGACCUGGGAUGAACCUGUCAUGGUUAGAGGUGUAAUUGAGAAGUACAUUCUGAAAGCUUACAGUCAGGAAGGUCCCCAUCCACUGCGCAUGCCCUCUGCCAGCUCUGAGUUUGUCAAUAACAGCACCCUCACAGGCAUAUUGACAGGCUUACUACCCUUCAAAAACUAUGCAGUAACCCUGACUGCAUGCACUUUGGCUGGCUGUACUGAGAGCUCCCAGGCAUUGAACAUUUCUACUCCACAAGAAGCUCCACAAGACGUUCAGCCACCAGGAGCCAAAUCUCUUCCCAAUUCUUUGUUACUCUCUUGGAAUCCACCCAAAAAAGCCAAUGGGAUUAUAACUCAGUACUCUUUAUACAUGGAUCGGAUGCUAAUCUAUUCAGGCAAGGAAGAGAACUACACAGUCACAGAUUUAGCAGUAUUUACGCCCCACCAGUUUCUGCUCAGCGCUUGCACAAGUGUGGGAUGCACAAACAGUUCCCUGGUCAUACUGUACACGGCACAGCUGCCACCACAACACGUGGAUUCCCCGAUCCUGACUGUCCUGGAUUCUAGAACUAUAUACGUACAGUGGAAACAACCAAGAAAAGUAAAUGGAGUUCUGGAGCGCUAUAUAUUAUAUAUUUCAAAUCACACGCACGAUUUUACAAUUUGGGAUGUCAUCUAUAACAGCACAGAACUUUUCCAGGAUCACACGCUACACUACCUUUUCCCUGGUACUAAAUAUCUCAUCAAGCUGGGAGCGUGCACGGGGGGUGGGUGCACAGUGAGCGAGGCCAGCGAGGCCCUGACCGACGAGAGCACCCCCGAAGGCGUGCCGACCCCCAGAGCUCAUUCCUUUUCACCCCACUCCUUUCACAUCUCCUGGACUGAGCCUGACUAUCCGAAUGGUGUUAUCACAAGUUAUGGACUCUACCUAGACGGUGUAUUAAUUCACAAUUCCACAGAACUCAGCUGUCACGCUUCCGGCUUUGCUCCUUGGAGCUCACAUUCCUUCAGAGUCCAAGCGUGCACCGCCAAAGGUUGCGCGCUGGGCCCGCUGGUGGAAAAUCGAACUCUAGAAGCUCCUCCUGAAGGAGUAGUAAACGUGUUUGUCAAAACAGAGGGAUCCCGGAAAGCCCACGUGAGGUGGGAGGCACCUUUUCACCCUAAUGGACACUUAACAUACACCGUCCUUUUUACUGGAAUGUUCUAUGCAGAUCAAGCAGAUAAUAACUACACUCUUCUGAACGGCACACAAAUCAUGCAUCGAGGUGAAGAGACCAACCUUUGGGUGCUCAUCGAUGGGCUGGUGCCUUUUACUAACUAUACUGUGCAAGUGAAUGUUUCAAAUAGCCAAGGCAGCUUGAUAAGUGAUCCCAUCGUGAUUGCAAUGCCACCAGGGGCUCCAGAUGGUGUGCUGCCUCCCAGGCUUUCAUCUGCCACUCCAACCAGUCUUCAGGUUGUCUGGUCUACACCAGCUCGUAACAAUGCUCCCGGCUCUCCCAGAUACCAACUCCAGAUGAGGCCUGGCCGCUCCACCCGUGGAUUUCUAGAGUUAUUUUCCAAUCCUUCUGCAUCGUUAAGCUAUGAAGUGAGAGAUCUCCAACCUUACACAGAGUAUGAGUUUCGGUUGGUUGCCUCCAAUGGAUUUGGCAGUGCACAUAGUUCUUGGAUUCUAUUCACAACCACAGAGGACAAACCUGGACCUAUAGACCCUCCGAUUCUUCUGGACGUGAAGUCAAGAAUGAUGUUGGUUACCUGGCAGCAUCCUUUAAAGUGCAAUGGCGUUAUUACCCAUUAUAACAUUUACCAACAUGGCGAUCUCUACUUGAAAACUUCUGGAAAUAUGACUAAUUGCACCGCGAUCCAUUUACACCCCCAUACUGCGUAUAAGUUUCAGGUAGAAGCCUGUACUUCAAAAGGGUGUUCCAUCUCACCAGAGUCCCAGACUGUCUGGACACUCCCAGAUGCACCAGAAGGCAUCUCAAGUCCAGAGUUGUUCUCUGAUACCCCGACAUCUGUGAUUAUCUCUUGGCAACCCCCCACCCACCCCAACGGCUUGAUAGAGAACUUCACAAUCGAGAGAAGAGUCCCAGGGAAGGAAGAAGUUACUAUUCUAGCGACUCUCCCAAGAAAUCAUUCCAUGAGGUUUAUUGACAAGACUUCUGCUCUUAGCCCAUGGACAAAAUAUGAAUACCGGGUACUGAUGAGCACUCUUAAUGGAGGGACAAACAGCAGUGCUUGGAUCCAAGUGACCACGAGACCCUCACGACCUCUUGGAGUACAGCCACCCGUGGUGCAUGUGCUAGGACCCGAUGCAGCCAAGGUCACUUGGAACCCCCCACUCAUCCAGAAUGGAGAAGUGCUUCGCUAUGAGAUCCGCAUGCCUGACCCUCACAUCACGAUAAUCAAUGUUACUUCCUCGGUGUUCAGUCAAGUGGUUACUGGCCUGAUUCCUUUCACUAAUUAUUCUGUCACCAUUGUGGCUUGCUCAGGUGGUAAUGGGUAUCUCGGAGGAUGCACAGAGAGUUUACCUACCCAUGUUACCACUCACCCCACCCUACCGCAGGGUGUUAGCCCGUUGUCGGUGAUUCCACUAAGUGAAUCGUAUGUUGGGAUUUCUUGGCAGCCACCAUCCAGGCCAAAUGGACCCAAUUUGAGAUAUGAGCUUCUGAGACGUAAAAUCCAGCAACCACUUGCAUCAAAUCCCCCAGAAGAUUUAAAUCUGUGGCACAAUAUUUAUUCAGGAACUCAGUGGUUUUAUGAAGAUAAGGGUCUUAGCAGGUUUACGACGUACGCAUACAAGGUCUUUGUACACAACAGUGUGGGUUUUACACCGAGCCAAGAAGUGACUGUGACGACGUUAGCUGGUCUUCCAGAAAGAGGACCCAAUGUCACCGUGAGUGUCCUCAACCACACAGCCAUAGAUGUGACAUGGGCUAAACCAUCUUUUCGAGACCUACAAGGUGAUGUUGAAUAUUAUACACUUUUUUGGAAUUCUGCUACCUCCAAUGAAUCUCUAAAAAUCCUCCCAGAUGUAAACUCUCAUGCCAUUGGCCACUUAAAUCCAAACACAGAGUAUCAGAUUUUUAUCUCUGUCUUCAAUGGAGCCCACAGUAUCAACAGUGAAGUACUGCAUGCAACCACUCGCGAUGGAGAGCCUCAGGGCGUGCUUCCUCCAGAGGUUGUCAUCAUCAACAGUACAGCUGUACGUGUCAUCUGGACAUCUCCUUCAAACCCAAAUGGUGUUGUCACGGAAUAUUCUGUCUAUGUAAAUAAUCAGCUCUACAAGACUGGAAAGAAUGUGCCCGGGUCUUUCAUUCUGCGAGACCUGGCUCCCUUUACUAUCUAUGACAUUCAGGUUGAAGUCUGCACAAAUUAUGCCUGUGUGAAAAGCAAUGGAACCCAAAUUACCACCGUGGAAGACACGCCAAGCGAUAUACCAACACCCACAAUUCAUGGCAUCACUUCAAGAUCCCUUCAUAUUGAUUGGAUGUCUCCAGGGAAACCGAAUGGCAUCAUUCUUGGAUAUGAGCUCUUACGGAGAACAUGGCAUUCUUGCCCUAAAACCCAGAAGUUAAUGAGGGACCACAGUGCUGAGCUCUGUAUGGCAGUGAAGUGUCAGACACCUGAAACUAUGUGUGGACACAGGUGCUAUUCUCCUGAAGCCAAGGUUUGCUGUAAUGGAGUUCUCCAUGACCCCCAGCCUGGACACAGCUGUUGUGAAGAGAAGUAUAUCCCAUUUAUUCUGAAUUCAAGCGGAGUUUGUUGCAGUGGCCGAAUACAAGAGGCGAGACCAAACCACCAGUGUUGCUCUGGGUACUACGUUAGAAUUUUACCAGGUGAAGUAUGCUGUCCAGAUGAGCAGCACCAUCGGGUUUCCGCUGGCGUCGGCGACUCCUGCUGUGGCAGAAUGCCGUACUCCACCUCAGGAAAUCAGAUCUGCUGUGCUGGGAGGCUUCAGGAUGGCCUCGGCCAGCAGUGCUGUGGGGGACAGAUUGUGAGCAAGGAUGUAGAGUGCUGUGGUGGCGAAGAAGAGGGUGUCGUGUACAGGCGCCUUCCAGGGAUGUUCUGUUGUGGGCAGGAUUAUGUGAAUAUGUCAGAUACCAUAUGCUGCUCAGCUUCCAGUGGAGAGUCUAAAGCACAUGUUAAAAAGAAUGACCCGGUGCCAGUAAAAUGCUGUGAGACUGAACUUAUUCCAAAGAGCCAGAAAUGCUGUAAUGGAGUUGGAUAUAAUCCUUUGAAAUAUGUUUGCUCUGACGAGAUUUCGACUGGAAUGAUGAUGAAGGAACCCACAGAGUGCCGGACUCUCUGCCCAGCAUCCAUGGAAGCCACAGCACAUUGUGGCAGGUGUGAUUUCAACUUUACCAGUCACGUAUGUACUGUGAUAAGAGGAUCUCACAAUUCUACGGGGAAAACGUCAAUCGAAGAAGUAUGCUCAUCUGCGGAAGAGACAGUUCAUACAGGAAGUGUAAACACAUUCUCCUUUACAGAUAGGAACCUGGAGCCCUACAUGACAUAUGAGUACAGGAUUUCUGCGUGGAACAGCUAUGGGCGAGCAUUCAGCAGAGCUGUUAGAGCCAGCACGAAAGAAGAUGUACCUCAAGGAGUGGGUCCCCCCAGGUGGACCAAAAUGGACAAUCUUGAAGAUGUGAUAGUCUUAAACUGGAAGAAACCUAUACAACCAAAUGGUCCUAUUAUUUACUACAUUCUUCUCCGAAAUGGAAUUGAACGCUUUCGGGGACCAUCACUGAGCUUCUCCGAUACAAAGGGAAUUCAGCCAUUUCAGGAAUAUUCAUACGAGCUCAAAGCUUGCACAGUUGCUGGCUGUGCCACCAGCAGCAAGGUAGUUGCGGCUACGACCCGAGGAGUUCCGCAGAGCAUCCUGCCACCCAGAGUCACAGCCACCAGUGCAGAGACUCUGCAUUUGAUCUGGAGCGUCCCUGAGAAACCAAAUGGCGUCAUUAAAGAGUAUCAGCUCAGGCAGCUUGGAAAAGGUCUCAUCUACACCGACACCACUGACAGGAGACAGCAUACGGUCACAGGUCUCCAGCCAUACACCAACUACAGCUUCACACUUACAGCUUGUACAUCUGCUGGAUGCGCUUCCAGUGAGCCUUUUCUAGGUCAGACUCUGCAGGCAGCCCCUCAAGGAGUUUGGAUGACACCUCGACACAUUAUCAUCAAUUCUACAACAGUGGAAUUAUACUGGAGUCCGCCAGAAAACCCCAAUGGCCUCAUUUCUCAGUAUCAAUUGAGUCGUAAUGGAACCUUGGUUUUCCUGGGUGGCAGUGAGGAACAGAAUUUCACUGAUAAAAACCUGGAGCCCAACAGCAGAUACAGUUACAGGUUGGAAGCCACUACUGGAGGAGGCAGCAGUCCUAGUGAUGAGCACAUUGUACAAACACCUCUGUUGACGCCGGAAGAAAUCCAGCCUCCGUAUAAUAUCACAGUAAUCGGGCCUUAUUCCAUUUUUGUAGCUUGGAGCCCACCAGGGAUCCUCAUUCCUCAAAUGCCUGUGGAGUACAAUGUCUUACUCAAUGCCGGAAGUCUAUCUCCUCUGACCUCCUCUGUCGGUCAUCAUCUAUCCAUCCUUCUGGAAAAUUUGGCUCCAUUCACACAGUAUGAGAUAAGGAUACAAGCGUGUCAAAAUGGAAGUUGUGGAGUUAGCAAUAGGAUGUUUGGCAAAACACAUGAAGCAGCCCCAAUGGAUCUGAGUCCCCCUGUUGUUAAGGCACUGGGGUCAGCCUGCAUAGGAGUUCGGUGGAUGCCACCUAAAAAGCCAAAUGGAGUCAUCACCAACUACUUUAUUCACAGACGUCCUGCUAGCACUGAAGACGAGUCCCUUUUGUUUGUGUGGUCAGAAGGAGCCCUUGAAUUUACUGAUGCUGCAGAUACUCUGAAGCCAUUCACACUCUACGAAUAUCGGGUCAGAGCCCAUAACUCCAGGGGCUCCGUGGAGAGUCUGUGGUCCUCAGCACGGACUCUGCAAGCCCCACCUCAAGAUUUGCCAGCCCCUUCGGCUCAAGCCACUGGUCCUCAUUCAGUUCUGCUGAAUUGGACGAAGCCGGGAUCUCCCAAUGGCAUUAUCUCCCAGUACCGUGUGGUCUACCAAGAAAGACCAGAUGACCCAACGUUUAACAUCUCUACUGUGCACGCUUUCACAGUGAUGGGAACGAACCAUGAAGCCCAUCUCUUUGGGUUAGAACCAUUCACAACGUAUUACAUUGGUGUUGUGGCCACAAACCAGGCAGGAGAAAUUUCAAGCCCCUGGACUCUGGUUCAAACCCUAGAAUCUUCUCCAAGUGGCCUGAGCAACUUUACAGUAGAACAGAAAGAGAAUGGCCGGGCGUUGUUACUGCAGUGGUCAGAGCCUGCGAGAACCAACGGCGUGAUUAAGGAAUAUAACAUCUUCAGUGAUGGCGUUCUGGAGUACACUGGCUUGACUCGUCAGUUUCUCUUCCGGCGCCUGGAGCCUUUCACUGUCUACACGCUGACCCUGGAGGCCUGCACCAGAGCAGGCUGCGCCCACUCAGAGCCCCAGCUUCUGUGGACCAAUGAAGCUCCUCCCCACUCUCAGUUGGCUCCUAAGAUCCAGUCCGUGGGGGCCACCAGUGUGGAGUUGAGCUGGUCUGAGCCUGUUAACCCAAAUGGAAAGAUAAUUCGUUAUGAAGUGAUUCGCAGAUGCUUCGAGGGAAAAGCUUGGGGGAAUCAGACAAUCCAGGCCGAUGAGAAAAUUGUUUUCACAGAAUAUAAUACUGAAAGGAAUACAUUUAUGUAUAAUGACACAGGUUUGCAGCCAUGGACGCAGUGUGAAUAUAAAAUCUUCACUUGGAAUUCAGCAGGUCAUACCUGUAGCCCUUGGACUGUGGUAAGGACGAUGCCAGCCCCUCCAGAAGGUCUCUCUCCUCCAGAGACAGCCUAUGUAUCAAUGAACCCCCCAAAACUGCUGAUUUCCUGGAUCCCACCAGAACAGACUAAUGGGAUCAUCCAGUCCUAUAGGCUUCAAAGGAACGGACUGCUCUAUCCUUUCAGCUUUGAUGCUGCGACCUUCAAUUACACCGAUGGAGAACUGCUUCCAUUUUUCACAUACAGUUAUGCAGUCGCAGCGUGCACGAGUGGAGGCUGCUCCACCAGCAAACCCACCAACGUCACAACUCUUGAGGCUGCUCCCGCAGGGGUUGGCCCUCCAGCUCUUUGGGCCAUCAGUGCCACUCAAAUAAACGUAUCUUGGUCACCACCAUCAAUUCAAAAUGGCAAGAUCACUAAAUAUUUGCUUAGAUUGGAUGAUAAGGAGUACCUCGCCGGGCAGAGUCUGUUCCUGUUGGUUUCUCACCUGCAGCCUUAUACUCAGUAUAAUUUCUCCCUAGUAGCCUGCACGAAUGGUGGUUGCACAGCUAGUGCGUCAAAAUCUGCCUGGACAAGGGAGGCCCCACCACAGAACAUGGACCCUCCAAAAUUGCAAGUCACGGGCUCAGAGUCAAUAGAAAUCACCUGGAAACCCCCAAGAAACCCAAACGGCCAGAUCAGAAGUUAUGAACUUAGGAGGGAUGGAGCUAUUGUAUACACCGGCCUGGAAACUCACUAUCACGAUUUUACUCUCACCCCAGGUGUGGAGUAUGGCUACACAGUGACUGCCAACAACAGCCAAGGGGGUAUUUUGAGUCCACUUGUCAAAGAGCAAACCAGCCCCUCAGCACCCUCAGGGAUGGAACCUCCAAAACUGCAGGCCCAGGGUCCCCAGGAAAUCUUAGUGAACUGGGACCCUCCAGUGAGGACAAAUGGCAACAUCGUCAACUAUACCCUCUUUGUCCGUGAGCUGUUUGAAAGAGAAACAAAAAUCAUACACAUAAACACAACGCAUAAUUCUUUUGGUACACAGGCAUUCAUACUAAACCAGCUGAAGCCAUUUCACAGGUAUGAAGUACGAAUUCAAGCCUGUACCACACUGGGGUGUGCAUCAAGUGACUGGACGUCCAUUCAGACCCCUGAGAUUGCACCCCUGAUGCAACCCCCUCCACAUCUAGAGGUCCGGAGGGCUCCCGGGGGAUUCCAGCCCACGGUUUCCCUUUUGUGGACAGGACCACUUCAGCCAAAUGGAAAAGUUUUAUACUAUGAAUUGUACAGAAGACAAAUAGCGACUCAGCCUGGAAAACCAAAUCCAGUGCUAACCUAUAAUGGAAGCUCGAGCUCUUUUAUGGAUUCUGAACUAUUGCCUUUCACAGAAUAUGAAUACCAGGUCUGCGCAGUGAAUUCAGCAGGAAAAGCCCCCAGUAGCUGGACACGGUGUAGAACUGGGCCCGCCCCCCCAGAAGGUCUCAGGGCCCCCAAGUUCCACGCGGUCUCUUCCACCCAAGCAUUGGUCCACAUCAGCGCCCCUCGGAAGCCCAACGGAAUCGUCAGUCUCUACAGAUUGUUCUCCAACGACACCAGCGGGGUGGAGACAGUGCUGUCUGAAGGCAUGGCCACCCAGCAGAUGCUUCACGGCCUGCAACCCUUCACCACGUACUCCAUUGGGAUAGAGGCUUGCACCUGCUUCAACUGUUGCAGCAAAGGGCCCAUGGCGGAGCUAAGAACUCAUCCCGCGCUCCCCUCGGGACUGUCCUCUCCCCAGAUCCAGACCCUGGCCUCGAGAACAGCCUCCUUCCAGUGGAGUCCCCCUCUGUUCCCCAAUGGUGUCAUUCAAAGCUAUGAGCUCCAGCUCCACACGGCUUGUCCUCCUGAUUCAGCUGUACCCUGUACUCCCAGCCAGACUGAGACAAAGUACAUGGGACCAGGACAGACAGCCAGCCUUGGGGGUCUCCAGCCUUACACCACCUACAAGCUGAGAGUGGUGGCUCACAACGAGGUGGGCAGCACGGCUUCCGAAUGGAUCAGCUUCACCACCCAAAAAGAACCACCUGAGUACCGAGCCCCGUUUUCGGUGGACAGCAACUUGUCUGUGGUGUGUGUAAACUGGAGCGGCUCUUUCCUUCUGAAUGGUCCACUGAAGGAGUUCGUGUUAACCGAUGGAGGACAGCGGGUGUACAGUGGCUUUGACACCACCCUCUACAUACCAAGGACAGCGGACAAAAGCUUCUUUUUCCAGGUCAUCUGCACUACCGAGGAAGGCAGCGUGAAGACACCUUUGGUCCAAUAUGAUACUUCUACGGGAUUUGGCCUGGUGCUGACAACUCCUGGAGACAAGAGGGGAUCGGGGAGCAAAAGCCCAGAGUUCUACAGUGAGUUAUGGUUCAUUGUACUAAUGGCAAUGCUGGGCUUGAUCUUGUUGGCCAUCUUCCUGUUCCUGCUACUACAAAGAAAAAUCCACAAAGAACCAUAUAUCAGAGAGAGACCUCCCUUAGUACCUCUUCCGAAGAGGAUGUCUCCAUUGAGCGUCUACCCACCGGGGGAGACCCAUAUGGGAUUAGCCGAUACCAAAAUCCCCCGGUCUGGGACCCCCAUGAGUAUGAGAAGCAACCAGAGCAUCUCUGUACUUCACAUCCCAAGUCAGAGCCAAAUCAGCCAAACCUAUUCACAGGGCUCUCUACACCGCAGUGUCAGCCAACUCAUGGACAUUCAAGACAAGAAAGUCUUGAUUGAUGACUCGCUGUGGGAAACCAUCAUGGGCCACGAUAGUGGACUGUAUGUGGAUGAAGAGGACCUGAUGAAUGCCAUCAAGGGUUUCAGCUCUGUGACUAAGGAACACACCACAUUCACCGACACCCACCUGUGAAGGAUGGAAACCCCCAAGAUGUAAAGCCGGGAUUCAACUCCACACCCCAGUCCCACCGGGUUAUCACUGACGCAUCGUAAAUGCUAAAACGCCAUUGCUUGUUAUUCCGUAAUCCUUUAAAGAAAUGAGGAUUGUUUUUGAAAUUGUUCCUCCCUAAUUGAGGUCUAAGAAACAUUAUUUCUCUGGUUGUCUGAAAUGAGGGGUACUAUCUACAUGAAAAUACUUUUUUUGCCCUACUUAUUUUGUGGAAGCUAAAGAGGUGUUUAAUUUUCACUUGGCUGUUUGGCAGUGACACCAUUGAUUAAAUGAAUAAUCUGUGGCAAUGUCAAGUUGGCCCACAGUUGUUACAAGUGAAGUUACUAGUUUACAAACUAAGGGAGCCUUCUGAGAGUAUGUCACUGCUGCUCCUUGCAGUAUCCUGUUUCCAUGAAGGUUGACACUAUCCUGUAAGGAACAAUUCUAAUGAUCACAACUACAAAAUAACUUCCCAACUCCAGGCCAAGCUGAAUCACUUGGAGCAAAGCAAACUCUGCAUUGAGGCUUCACACUUGGCUGAAGGUCCUACUUCAUUACCAUGUUUGGGGAUAAAUAAUGACCAAACCUUUUCAUAGGCCACCACACGCAUUUACAAAUAAACGUCUGUUCUUCCAUUUAUGAGUCUUCUGAAAAUCUAAGGACUAAACAGCUCAUUUAGAUAUUUCAGAGAGAAAAUGAAGCGUUUCGACAGAAACACCUUCACAUAUUUGACAUAGUUUUGAAACUCCAAUCAGUACUUUUCAUAAAAUGCUGUCCAUUCACUGAAUCCCCCGGAAUAUUGACAUCUUCAGCUUAGCACAUUUCACAUGGAAACUGCUACUCUAUUUGAAGUAUUUCAUUAGCAAAUGUGGAAUUAAAAAAGGAAAAAUUUUAUUUGUGCUCCUUCCUGCUUUGACAUUGUUUAAAUUAACAUUCAUAUGUAAACAUGAGAUUUACAUAUGCAUAUAUAUCAUCUGUAUAUAUGACUCUGGACUAUAUCCCUCCAUUUCAGAGAACUACUCAAUUCUAGUCCUACAAUCACUAAGACCAGAUGAUAUUCAACAGUACCAAUUUCUGUGGGUCCAAUGUUUGUCAUCUGUUCUAGCUACAUUGCAAAGUUAUUGGUGAAAGUCCUACAGCAAGAAACAUUUUUUUUCCCCAAGUCAUCAACAUAAAAUUAAAGGUAAUUUUGUUCUUCAUGGAAAACAACGUAAGAAAACCUCUCUUCUUCCUUCAUUAAGAAUGACUCUUCUUCAUUCUUAAUGAGUCUUCAUGACUCCAGGAAGUUACUCUGAAUCUAUAUGUCUCAUACACGUUUGCGUGACAAUAUUUUGCGAAUUACAUUCAGAGGUAGGUGGAUUUUCCCAAAGCUGAGCUGGCCAAAACUUGUAAAAUAAAGGAUAACCAUCCAUAUUCUGUUUGAAAACUAUGAAUUACCCAACGUCCAACAGUCAAAGACUGCGGGCUUUGGAGGUACUGAGACUUUGACCAAAUCUGUGGCACAGCAACUCCUGAGACUGACCAGCUCCCGGACAAACGUUGCCAACAGUAAGUGUCCAAAGCAGAGAGCAGUAUUAAGCAGAAGUCCUGCCCUCUUGUUAGAAGUGCUCUACGCAAAGACAUCUGAAAUAAUUGUGCCCUUUUGGCAGUGGAUGUAUAAAUUAUAAGAAACUUUUUUCUCGCCAAAAGUUUUAUACUUUCUGAAAUGGAAACAGCAUUGGCUAAUUUAGUUUACUGGUUUUAAUUCCCAUCUGUUGACCUGGGUGGAUCUGUUGUUUAAAGCUGGCACAAAGGAGCCUUUCCAAGGCUGAGAUUCUGGAUUCACAUGAGCUGCUUAAGGCACAGAGAGAAGACUCUUCUCCAGUCACAAACUUGGAUCCUUGUCCUUGGUCUACACUUUCGCAAAUAGAAUUUGCUAGUCACACGUGCAUUCAGAUUGAGCUCAUCCUCAUUUUUGAAAAAUUAACUAGAUACUUUUAUCACAGAAUAAAAUUUGUAAAAGAACACAGAGAAUGGCAGGGGGGGUUAUAUUAAAUCACCUCCACUUAAUCAUCUCAUUAGACAUUUAGUUAUUACAUGAAUUCACUUAGCUCAAUCAUUUACAUUUUGAUCCUGUAGCUGAGUGGACAGAAGCCUGUAUGGCUUCCAACCAAGAACACUGCCCCCUGAAUGCUCUUAACCUGACUCAUUUCAGAGAAGCAGCCCAAGAUUUUGUUUUGUUAGUUUUAAGUGGUAUUGCGUGCCAAGCCUCCAUGAAACACCUGGAGAGUGUGAUUCAACUGGUCUCGGGUGGGGCUGAGGCAUGUGUGUUUAAGCCUCCAGGUGUUCCUAAUGUUGAAAAGCAACGUAAAGCAACCUGGAAGAGCUCAUGGACAGGAGCAACACACUGUGCCCAGGGACCAUACUCCUUGGCCCACCACGUCUCCUUUUCAAACAAGCAGUUCUCUAGGAAGCCCUUUAAAUCUGCUCUCACUCUUCUGACUCACGUCUUACCACUUGCAGAGGCCACAUUCUCAGCGUAAUUUAACAACUACUAUGUUUUGUUAUUCCUAAUAUUAACUGCUUAUAAGAGUACAUAGCUGUUUUUAUGAGCUCUAUUAAGAAUUGUGUUUGUAGGUGAUCUAUUGUCAUUUCCACUAAAUGGAAAACCUAAAUAUGGAUCUGUUAUGGUACCUUAUACCGAUCUAAGUCAUGUUGGCAUCAAUGUAAUUCAACCUGAACAAUCUGUAAAUAAAAUAUAGAUCAGGUGGACUAAUUCAGUGAUAAGGAACUUAUUAUGUCCCACAUGAAGAGUAGUUUAUUUCCAAUGCACAUGAUCAUGUAAAUUAAUCUAAAGACGGUUUGCUUAAUAAAUAUUUAAAUGUGAACCAUGUUUGAUUUAAUGUAUGUAUGAAAAAAUACUCUAACAGCUAUGAGUUGUAUUUACAAAUUACACACAAAUGAUGAUAAAAGUGAGGCCAUUUAAGAAAAUAAGAUGCUCUGGAUAAUGUCUUAACCAUCAAUGCACAUUAGAACCAAUGUGCUACUUUUUUCAAAACAUGAGUCUCGAUCACCAGAGAUGCAAGUUCAGCAGGUCUAGAGGGAGCCCGGACAACUGCGCUCGCACAGCCUCAGGUGAUUCUGACAUAAAAGCCUGGAUGAGAAAGCCAGGAGCAGACCGCAGGCUCCCGAAACAGGCGGACCCGGGUUCAGAUGCUGGCUCGGUGGCUAAGGAGCCUUGUGGCCGGAUAAGCUGCCUAUGCUUGGUGAGCCUCAUCUGUGAAAUGAGGAAAACAGUGCCUAGCCUAUUGGUAUGACAAUACUUAUGAGUGCUGCUUUGAAAUACGUAGACAAUUACUUGGAAAACUCUUUUCAUCAGAAUUCUAAUUCUGUUCUUGUUUUUUCAAUCAUACCAAGUAUAAAGAUUCAUUUCAAUGUCUUUUUCUUUCAGUCACAAAAACCCUGCAAAGGUAGGUAUAAUGAAACGACUUAGGCACAGCAGGCGUCAUCUGCUGAGGGCCACAAAGUUAAGUGCCAGAGUAGCUCAACCCCUGCUAUGACAUCAAGGUUCAAACUCUUGUAAGUAAAAGAAAGAAAUAAGAUUUGACCUGUAGUAUCAUGCAAUCCACGGUAUAGUGAGUUGCCUUUUGUAUGGGAUUUUACUAUAUAAGAAGUCUUUUUUUUCCCCCAACGGCCUUUUACUCUUGGAAAAGGCUGGGUAAACACUCAAUUUUUUUCUUUAGUUUUCUUACUUGCCCACCCAACUAUUACACGACUGUGAUGGGAAACAAGGGUAUAACAGAUAACUAGAAUCCUUAGCAACACUGAAAUGAUUCCUUGCCUACCAUUUUCCCUCACUGAUAAUAUAAGUUCUCCCUCUCCCCCCCCCUUUAUUACGGGAAGCAGCAAAGACACGAGCAAACUCAUACAGGUGUACUUUAAACGGGUGACUGGUCCUUAAGCGACUGAAAACACACAGUCUUAAUCAUUUUUAUUUAAUUGAUAAAUACAAGAGAACCGUUGUGAAACCACUGGCAAUAUGGUAAACUUUAAAGAAUUUAUUUCAACUUCACUCAUUUAUUAUGUUUCUUGGUAUGGGAAUAUAUACAUUAUGCACCAAUAAAUGCUUAAUGCUUUAAAUUUACAAUUACUUGCAGAAAAGAAAAUCAUUCCAAUUAAGUGGAAAAAAGUACAAAAAAUU